CCUGGUUGGGCGGGCUGGUGGGAUAAGCCCUCAUCUCGCCCCCUUGUCCGUCCAGCCCUCUUCAUUCUAAACAAUCAAACAAACAAAACCCUCCAGGCUUCUGUGUGGUAUUGCAAAAUAAACAGAGGCCAUGGCGCGCUGGUUCGUGGAGGCCUUCGAGUCUCAUAGAUUUAGGGAGACGGGAAAGGUUAAGAGGACCGGAACUAUUACUUCACGGAACCUUUGAGGUGAGGCUUGGAGGGGCCGUUUGAGGAACGGACCGCGGCGGGACCAGACCGUACUGGUAGGCAUGGCGGCGGAGGAGCUUGACGCGGGCCCAGAGGCCGCCAUCCCUGUGGACCUGCGGCGGGAACGGCGACUGGUGUGCGUGGAGUACCCAGGCGUGGUGCGUAACGAGGCUAAGAUGCUGCAGACUCUGGGCGGCGAGGAAGGCGUCUCUCGAAUCUACACCGACCCUACCAAGAGGCUUGAGCUUUACUUCCGGCCCAAGGACCCAUACUGCCACCCUGUGUGUGCUAACCGGUUCAGUACCAGCAGCCUGCUACUCCAGAUCAGGAAAAGAACAAGGCGGCGAAGAAGUGUCUUGGGAGAUGAGGCCCAUCCCCAGGUCACAUUCGACUUAGAAAUCCUUGGCACCAUCUCUACAAUUUACAAAUUCCAGGGAAUGUCUGAUUUUCAGUAUCUGGCAGUGCACACAGAAGCAGGUGGCAAGCAUGUGUCCAUGUAUGACAGAGUGCUCAUGCGCAAGCCUGAGAAGGAAGAGUUCUUCCACCAGGAGCUGCCACUCUACAUCCCACCGCCCAUCUUCUCCCGCCUCGACACUCCUGUGGACUAUUUCUAUCGACCUGAGACACAGCACCGGGAAGGCUAUCACAAUCCCUCCAUCUCAGGCGAGAACCUGAUUGGACUGAGUAGAGCCCGGCGCCCUCACAAUGCCAUCUUUGUCAACUUUGAGGACACUGAAGUACCUGAACAGCCUUUGGAGGCUGCAGUACAGACGUGGAAGAAGGCUUGCACCAACCCCAUAGAUCAGAAGGUGGAGGAAGAACUGAGGAAGCUCUUUGACAUCCGCCCCAUCUGGUCACGAAAUGCUGUCAAGUCAAACGUCAGUGUCCACCCUGACAAGCUUAAGAUCUUGCUUCCCUAUAUGGCUUAUUACAUGAUAACAGGCCCAUGGAGAAGCUUGUGGAUUCGAUUUGGCUAUGACCCUCGAAAAAACCCAGAUGCCAAGAUUUAUCAAGUCCUUGACUUUCGAAUCCGAUGUGGCAUGAAAUACGGUUAUGGCUCCAGGGACAUGCCUGUCAAAGCAAAGCGCAGCACAUACAACUACAGCCUCCCCAUCACCGUCAAGAAGACGUCUAACCAGCUUGUCACUAUGCAUGACCUGAAGCAGGGCCUGGGCCCAUCAGGGACAGACGGCCCACGGAAAUUGACCUACAAUAAGUACAAGCUCAAGGAUUCUGUCUACAUCUUCCGGGAAGGGGCUCUGCCACCGUAUCGACAGAUGUUCUACCAGCUGUGUGAUUUGAAUGUAGAGGAGUUGCAGAAAAUUGUUCACCGCAACGAUGGGACAGAGAGUUUGUGCACAGAGAGAGAUGGGUGGUGCCUACCCAAGACCACAGAUCACCUGAGGGACACCAUGUCACGAAUGAUUCUGCAGACCAUCCGCUCUGAGAGGCCUGCUCUCUUCUCCAACACAGGUAAGGCUGACCGUGGCAAAGAGCAGCUAAUGUUUGAGUCUGGAGAGGAGGAAGAGGAGGAGGAGGAGGAAGAGGAGGAUUUCAAGCCCUCAGAUGGAAGUGAAAAUGAGAUGGAGACAGAGAUUCUGGAUUAUGUGUGAUGAAGCUCUGGUCCCAGGCAACCAGGACAUGCUGAUAUGCCAUGAUUGGACAGUUGGGACAGGCCUGUGCCCCGGUCCAGGUCGGUGAGAUGAGGACACUGGGCAACCCCAGGCUAGGCUCAGCCUGUUCACCAAGUGGACCAGCUCUUCAGUUCCCUGAACACAUCCUGUUGUCUCACAACUUCCUGUUGUGCAACUAGAGACUGUCAUGUCCCUGCCGAGCUGGCCUCCCUGGAAGGUCUCCCAUGCAUGGCCUCCCAAGCCCCCAGGGUGGCAGCAGCACUUCCUGAAGGGUGCUGAUCGAGAGAUGGGCCAUUGUUUUGUUUCUCUGUGUGGCCUCUCUGCCUUGAACAGCCUGGCGCACGCGCAUGCACACGAUCAAGUCACAUCAAUUCCAAAGUCAAAUGCCUUGAGCCAGUGCAUCCUCCUGACACAACUGAGGACACAUUGUUUCAUUUGGCCCAAGUGGGCACUCCUAGGAACUUCAUAGCCUUACAGGGAAUCAGCAGAACAGACCCUGUGUCCCCUGCUGACCCUGCUUCCUGCUGCUUCGAAGAAAGCUCAGCCCAGAGGCAGGAAGUAGUUCUUCCCCAAAGGCUAGCCAGACCUUGCCUGUUCCCCACAGGACUUCUGUCAUAGCAGCUACCAGGACACCUCAGCUGGGAGCUUUCCCACUUUUAGCUGCUACCCAUUCCCAUCCUGGUCCUUGAGGAGGAAGGGGUUCUAGGUUCUGAUACCAUCUACCCAGUAUGCCUUGACUCUGUAGACCUGAAGAAGGUGCUGAGUGAGGGCCCUUUGGAGGCUUUACCUACACAGUGCCCAGGGAAGUGGCAGCCAUGCCUUAGGUUGACCAGACUGGAAGGACUUGGUCUAGCCACAUUUGCUAAAGUUAUUCUCCUGAACUCCCAUGUAAAUAAAAGUGGCUUUUAGUACAAAAAGUGUAAAAGUCCCUCAGAAGCAGACACUGGUGUUUCAUGCAGCUGGUUACUGGCAGCAGAUUUCAUAUUACUGAGUCUUAUUGCAUAUUUGUGUUUUGCUGGGUGAGUUUAAGGAAAGAUCAUACUUGUCCCCAACAGAACUGCAGCACUGUGUGAUACUUACUAGCCAAGAUUCUCCAGAGCAGCAGAGCAGUUAGGAUUAAUUGCAAGUAGUUGGUUCACAGUGAAGGUAUAGGUGCUCGGUCUUCAGGGCAUGGUGUGGGGUGGAGUCAAAGGUAGCAUGCUGGCCACAUGUCCACCACCACCAUCCCUGCCCUCCAUCUCAGCCCUGUAACACACUGUGUGAAGCCCACCUAUUGAUUUGAAAGCAUUUGAAUUAAAAAACAGCCUCUGCUCCCUA